AUGCAAAAACAUUCUCCACCAUGCUGUCCAACGGUUGACAUGCCAUGCUUCCUGCUUCAUUUCCCGGCAGAUGACUCUGAGCAACUGAGAACACCUGACAAAAGCAAAUUGUUACAGGUGUUCAGUCGACAAGCCGUCAUGAUGGAAGCNAUGAAUGCGCUCUAUCGUAUCGCUUUGUUGGAAGCAACUGAAGAAUUCAGUGAUGUCGAGUAUGAUGAAGAAAAGAUCAGCGAAGAACAAGAGCGCAAUUGCAAUCAUUCUAGUGUUGAGCAAAGGGUUGAGAUUGAAGUUGACGCAAUCGCUAUUGAAAUCAAAGCUGAGGAAGAUUUUGAAGUUUACGAUGAAGAUCCAGCUGAGGUGAACGGAAGUGCUGAUUGUGCAGUUGAUCCUGCACGUCACUCAAAACCAUCGCUCGAAUCGACGACUGCUGCGGAGAUCAAACUGGAAGAUUCCACAAAACAGUUGGCGGUCAAUCCUAAGGAUCAGUCCGCGCAUGCAGAAGAAUCCAAAAAUUCCGAUAAAUCCGCCACAAUUUCCAGAGAUUCUGCCAGAGAAAUGGAAUCACAACAACGCCAACCAGCCAAGAAACCUGCUCCACUUCAACGAUUCGCUGCUUACGUUCAGCAGAAAAUCAGUCCAUCUGAUGAGGAGGGCCGCAGUUUAGCAAGCAAAACUGAGUCUAAAGCUGUUGCUGGGAAAGGAAAACGCUCAGAUGGAGAUAGUGGAAAUCACAGCGCUGGAAGUGCUGGCAGUAGUAGUGGGGACAGCGGUACGGAAAGUAAUGAAAAUAAUUCAGCUGAUAAUACAGGCUCGACAGGAAGUCGCACACCAAAUGGUAGUAGAAGAAAUCAUUUGGGAAAUCUGAAAUUCCUUCGUGGUCUAAAACGACGGUCC